AUGUGUACGGCAGCACUCAUCGGGAUCCACACCUUCAGCGCCCCACAAAUUCCUGACCCGAACCGAAGGAAGGCAAUGUUGCCCAAGAUUCAAGAACUUCAAGGCUCACGCCUUCUAUCCUUCCGAGUCAAUUCAGACAGAAGAGGUACUAGAAAGGCCAAGAAAGCCUUUCAACACUUUAAAGUUCAAGUCGCAGUGCCCAACACUGCAUACCUCACAAAGAAUUGUGAUUUGCUCUCGCACACAUAA